AUGGAGCUGUGGGUUCCUCAGCGGCCACCCACCGCCAAGAGGGGUAGGCGCCGCUGCAACACGGGGGACUGGCACCGCUCAGUCACCUCCACUCCUCCUCCUCCUCCUCCCAAGGACACCCUCACCGCCAGCACCAUGUGUGGCUACUACGGCAACUACUACGGCAACUACUACGGCGGCCUGGGCUGCGGCUACGGCGGCCUGGGCUGCGGCUACGGCUGCGGCUACCGAGGCCUGGGCUGCGGCUACGGCGGCCUGGGCUGCGGCUACGGCUGCGGCUACCGAGGCCUGGGCAGCGGCUACGGCUACGGCUGCGGCUACGGCUGUGGCUACCGAGGCCUGGGCUGCGGCUACGGCUGCGGCUACGGCUCUGGCUGUGGCUACUACUACUGA